AGCAUCUUAUUUUCCAUUUCAGGUUAUCGUAGUACCUCAUUCUCAUAACGAUCCUGGAUGGCUUAAAACAUUCGAUGGCUACUUUAUGGCUUAUACUGCUCACAUCCUGAACAACAUGGUUGAAAAAUUAGGCAAAUACAGAGAUAUGACUUUCGUAUGGUCCGAAAUAUCGUUCUUUUCCAGAUGGUGGAACAGCCUUAAGAAUCGACCGCAUCUUCGUGAUCAAGUUCGCCAGUUUCUGCAUACCGGCAAAUUAGAAAUUCUAACUGGUGGUUGGGUGAUGACCGAUGAAGCGGCUUCUCACUAUUAUGGUAUGAUUGAUCAGUUAAUCGAAGGCCAUCAGUGGAUGAAAACAAAUCUUGGAAUCAUUCCUCGCUCUGCUUGGUCUGUUGAUUCUUUUGGGCAUUCGUCAACUGUACCCUAUCUUUUACGAGCUUCCGGAAUGUAUAAUAUGGUUAUACAAAGGACACAUUAUGCAUGGAAAGCUUACCUUGCUGAAAGACGGCAACUUGAUUUUUGGUGGCGUCAGGACUUCGAUGAUUUUACUCAGAAGAACCAUACAGGUGACAUCAUGUGUCAAAUGAUGCCAUUUGAUUUGUACAGUAUAAAACAUUCUUGUGGUCCCGAUCCCGAUGUUUGUUUGCAGUUUGAUUUCAGACGUAUUCCUGGAGAAUAUUCCGAGAGUCGUGCAACUCCUGUUACACCUGAAAAGUUGGCUGAACGAGCUGAACUUCUUUUAGGACAAUAUGGCAGAAUAGGAUCUUUGUUUUCCCAUAAUGUUGCUCUGGUUCCCUUAGGAGAUGAUUUUCGGUAUAAUCAUGACGAGGAAUGGGAUCAACAAUAUGAAAAUUACGCAAAAAUAAUGGAAUAUAUAAAUUCGAGAAAUGACUGGAAUGCUCGAGUGAGGUUUGGAACGCUUCGAGAUUACUUUAGUAUUGUACACAAAAGGAUGAAUGCUAUAGGGUAUGAUAACAUUCCAAAUCUUACAGGUGAUUUUCAUGUUUAUGGUGAUAUAUAUGGAGAAGGUCAUCCUUCCUAUUGGAGUGGUUAUUAUACAACACGUCCAUACUGGAAACACAUGUGCCGUGAUUUGCAGCAUUGGUUACGCAGUGCUGAAAUCUUAUACUCUUUAUCUAGAGUCUAUGUAAAACAACAUGAUUUGUUGCAUUUAUUGAAAAGGUUAGAUCAAGAUUAUGCUUAUUUAACUCAGGCAAGAGAUAGUUUAGGAUUGUUUCAACAUCAUGAUGCUAUUACAGGAACAUCAAAAGAAGCAGUAAUGGCAGAUUAUGGUAUGAGGUUAUUUCGAGGAAUAAAAGAAACUAAAGGUAUUAUUGCUCAUUCCGUAUUAUACAUGAUAGCUGACGAUGCAGUUAAAAGGUCAGUGGACUUACGUCCAGCUCAUCCUUUAACUUCAUUUCUCUAUCCUGAUACGGAUCAAGCUCAAUUUGAUAAAUUACCUGAGAAAGUUCCUUUAACGAUUCCAUCUCAAGGAAGAAAAGUAGUGAUCUUCAAUUCAAAAGCCCACCGAGUGGUUGAACCUAUCCGUUUAAGAGUAAGGAGUGCCUUUGUCAAAGUCUUAGAUCCUGAUGAGCAAGAAGUGCCUGUACAAGUUAAUCCUGCCUGGAAUGGUUCUGUAGAAGUUCUGGGAGAUACUUACGAAUUACUCUUCUUAGCAGAUCUCUCUCCUUUGUCUUUGACUACUUUUACUGUAAUUACAUCAGAGAGAGCUCCUAGACCACGGUCACAAGUGGCUGUAACUCUUAAUGAUGCCUUUGCCAAGCAACCACAUAAUUCUAUAUUCUCUUUCCAAAGUCCCACAGAUAUAGAUAUAGAGCUCAGUACUCCAUCUGUGACUGCACGUUUUUCUAAACAAAGUGGCUUACUGCAAAGUGUGGAACUCAAAGAUUAUGAUUUGAUCAAUAAAGUUUCUUUAUUCCUACAAGCUUAUAAGUCUGAAGAAUUCAGAAGUGGUGCUUAUUUAUUCCAUCCAUUAACAACAGAUGCAGUCCAGAAUAUUUCUGGCAGAUUUCCCAUAAUUCGUACCGUGCGAGGGCCACUUUGUUCUGAAGUAACAGCAGUGUAUUCUAAUGUCGUUACUGUUAUUCAAAGAGUGUACCAUACAAGUGGCCCAUUAGGAUACGGAGUAGAAUUAGAAGUCUUUACAGACAUUGCGCAACUGUUUGAUGUGAAUCUGGAGCUCUUUCUCAGAGUAAAGUCAGAUGUCAAAAGUCGAGAUGUUUUCUACACGGAUUCUAAUGGAUUUCAAAUGAUCAAGAGGAAAACUUUAAGUUAUCUUCCAUUGGAGGCUAAUUACUAUCCAGCUACAUCAGCAGUAUAUUUAGAAGAUACGCAGUCUAGACUGACUUUAUUGUUAUCUCAUGCGCAUGGAGUUGCAAGUGUUAAUUCUGGAUGGCUGGAGGUCAUGCUUGAUCGCAGGCUUCGAGGUGACGAUAAUCGAGGUCUUGGUGAAGGUAUAAUGGACAACAAACGUACUGUGGCUCAAUUUUGGGUGCUUUUAGAAGGAAUAAAAGACAAAAUUACGGAAGUUCCCACAUUGUCAUUAAACAGUCAUCUGUUAUCGUCAUUUAUGUCUCAUCCGCCUGUUAUAGUUGCCACACAUAGUUUUGAGCAAAGAAAUCUCAAAUCAAAGUUAGAAUUCUUGGAAACAUCAUUUCCUUGCAAUGUUGAAUUGCUAAAUCUCAGGACUCUGCCGGCUCAAGAUGACUUUGAAACUCCUUCCAAUAGCAGUCUUUUAAUUCUGCACCAUAAAGGAAUAAGUUGCCGUGUAAAAAGUUGGGUUGAUGGUAAGUGCCCUAGUCAAAAAGGAAAUGCGUUUAAACUCGAUUUCAAAAAUGUGCAUUUAUCGUCAAUACAUAAAACCUCCCUUACUGGCAUUUAUUUACAAGAAAACAUGAGUAACAACACACUUGAAACAGAUAAAAUGCAAAUUGUAUCUUACAACCUUACCUUCAGAAAUUAAUAAUAACUGUAAAUUCAUUUUAGGGUCCACUUAAAAGCAUCACUGUUCGUUGAUGCAGUGCUAUUAGCCUUCAUUUAGUGUAGUGCAGGACAUGUUGAAAAUACCUGUCCACUUAAAGUUAAACAACAUUUUAUAAUUUAAGCAUGCGCAUGUUUUUAAUAAACGAAAUUUCGCAUUCAUGGGUAUGCGAACAUGGGCAUUCAUGGAUAUGCGUUCCAUCUUUAAUACAGUAAUACUUUAUCUUUUCUUAAAGUUUGAUAGAAGCUUGCGAUAUUUUAUGCUGUGAAUUGUACAGCCAGAAAAUUUAUUCUCAAACACACUAUGUAAAGCAAAUUUCCUGUAAACGUAUUUGCUUGUAAAAGAUAAAAAUGCAGUGAAUGCUGUCUGCGACGACCAUCCAUGUUUCUAUGCGAUUGUGGUCGUUUUACAGAACUGGCACUCAGUAACCGUUUAUGUUUGUUUUUCAACUAUAGUGGUUCCUUUUGGAGAUGGUCGUCUUAAGCAGGUAUUUGCCACGAAAAAUUUCAUUGUAUUUACGAGAGAGAAGAUCAAAAAUUAACUCACAGUAGUAUUUUCUUUAUUAGAUUUCCAAACAGCCAAAGCUGAGGGGGGGGGGUAAACAUUUGUAGUUGAAAAGCAACUAUCUGUAAUCUAAAUAUAUAAAAAAAAAAAAAAAAAA